GCCGGGCCGGGCCGGGAGUUGACCUUCACUCAAUGAAUACAAUGAAAACUAACCUCGAAUACCGUACCUGUACUAGUUAGUUACAUAUGUGUAUGACCGGUACCUGCGUAUUUUAUCAAGCGACUGAAGUCAGUGAGCUUUGUACAUUUGUAACUGUAAGCCUAUUUCCCUGCAAUUAAUUGUAGACUCACUUAGGCCUACUUUUUGCUUGUCCGAUAAAAGAACUAGGGCCUAGGCCUUCAAAACUUGCUACCUCCAGGAUCAUCAGAAAAUGGACUACAAACGAUUCCUGAAUUACUAUGGGCUACAUCUGCAACCUCCUGUCAUCCGACAGAUAGUUUCAGCAACUCCCUCUGGCGUAAACAAAAGUGCAUCUGCAGGAUUUCCCAAUCCCACUGCAUUCCCAAUUGGGUCAGCGACCUUUGACCUCAAGGAUGGCACACAGAUUAGGUUUACAGAAGAAGAAAUGAAUGUAGCGCUUCAGUAUGGAAAAAGCAAAGGGCAAGAUGAUUUUCUUGAUCUACUCUACAAGAUGCAGUGUGAAGAACACCAUCCUCCCACUGCCUCUGUGGAGGCGGGGCCAAGCAAGAUGAGCAUCUUAAUGUCUCCAGGAGCACAGAUGGCAUUAUUUACAUUUGCCAUGGUGUGUGUCAGUGAUGGAAUUCCUAUUAUCUUCAGUACACCUUGCUUUGCUGUCAUGUCUGCACCUCUGGUUGACUUUAUCCACAAUGCAUUAUGUGUGGAAGUUGAUGCUGAUGGGACUGUACCAUCAUCACUCCGUAGUGUCCUCUCAAAAUGGACGCCUCAAGAUGCCAAUAAUCCCCAGUCAGGUAUCCCGCGUAUCCUAUGGCUCAACCCAACAUGUAACAAUCCAGCCGGUGUCACCACCUCAGCAGAGAGACGCAAAGAAAUCUAUGCUAUUGCUCAGGAGUACAACCUUUUCAUUGUGGAGGAUGAUCCUUACUAUUACCUACAAGAAAACCGGCCUCGGAUCCCAAGUUACCUCUCCAUUGAUGUGGAUGGCAGAGUUUUGAGAUUUGACUCCUUUUCAAAGGUCAUUUCUCCUGGUUUAAGAUGUGCAUAUGUUACUGGACCUGCAGAAAUUGUGAAGGGGAUGGAGUAUGUGUUCAUGCAGAGCAGUCAACAUGUUUCUGUGCUGUCACAGAUGAUCAUUCAUAAACUCCUGAAGAAGUGGGGACCAGCUGGAUUUGAAGAUCAUGUGCAAAGAAUCGUUGCAUUUAAUCGCGAGAAAAGACUUCAUGCCUUGGCCAUGGCUGAUCACUGGUUGAAGGGCUUUGCCGAGUGGAAUAUACCCCCAGGUGGCAUGUACAUCUUUCUUAAAGUCUACGAUACUGGACUCACUUCAGUAGAACUCAAUAAGAAGCUGAUGGAGACACACAAAGUCACUGUGAUUCCUGCCACCGGAUUCUACCCCAAAGAUGCCAAGAUGAAUGAUGUGGCUGUCUUACGUGUCUCCAUAGUAAUGGCAGAGGCUGAUGAGAUGGCGAUGGUAAUGAAGGGGCUGGCCCAGGUGAUUAAAGAAGCACAGACUGCAUAUGUCAAGAAGAAUGACCAAGUUAAAAUACAGACAGCCGUCAUUAAAUCUUGAAUUCAUCAAGUCAAUACAUACACAAGUCCCUUUGUUUUCUUAAUUUUGAUUACUAUUGUUGGCUUUGUGUAUUUUCUUUUUGGAGACCAGCGUACUACAUCUUUGUUUUGGUCACAACGAUGAAUUACAGAACCCAAUAUUGGGUAUUGUCCUAAUAAUCACAUUGUUUGCAAUAUAAUGAGUUAUGAAUACAGUCUAACGUUUUUACCAAGCAGAGACCUGCGCAGUAUGUCAUUUUCAAACUUAUUACAUUCUAUAUAUCAUUCUCCAAAUACAUUCUAUCAUAUAAAUAAUGUUUAUAAAGUAUAGAUGAAUAGAUAGAUUUAGAGUCUCCACAGAUUUGUGGUCUCAAAAUGAAACCAAUUAAAUUCCUGCCAAAAAAGUAUAAAAAAGGAUUUUUUUUAAGCAUUUCAUUAAUUUCGUCUGUUUAUGUCAUAUAUAUCAUAUAUUUUCAAUUACAUUUAAUUAGAUUGCAGAAAGAUCCCUUUCUUUCUUUGUUUUUCCAAUGGUUAUCAAUUUGUAACCAACACGUUUCUGUUUUAGACAACUGUUUUUAAAAUAAUCCAUAUAAACGAAGUCAUGGACUUGGUUGUUAUGACAACUUCUUCAAACAAUGGAUUAUAAAACCGUUAGGGUUUGCAGAUAUAUAUUUUACUAAUGAAAAAAACCCAACUAUUUUUGUCUUUUUUAAUCGCUCUGUGCUUUGACAAGAACGACAGCUGUCUGAAUGUAUUUGAUAUUAGAAUUUCCAGCUUUAUCUUUAGUUCUAGGUAGUGUUUGGGAAUUAUAAAUUAACACUAAUUAAUGGCUUUGCCAAGUUUACCAUUCAAGCUUCAUUUGCUUAUGUUUUAUUUUGAUUAUGAAUGAGCUUUGGGAUAAAAAGAUAUUGAAAUAAUUUGUA